AUGACUUCGGCCUCGCACUUGCCGCGUCAUGCCAAACUGCACAAGAGGUCCGACUCGACCUCGUCUACCGCUCCCGUCGUCUUCACCAUGCCCUCGCCCAUCCAGCACGAGUUCACUCAACCCACCUCGUCCGUGACCACCACCCAACAUGCCCGCCAUUCGUCUGCCAACAAGAUCAAGCCCUACCUCCGCAAGAUGUCCUUGCGCGAUGACGACUUGGACCAAGGCCGUCUGGAUCUGUCGCGUCCCUCUGCCGAAAACGAGUCUUUGGCCGGUCUGGGUAUCUGCGACGACGCUCCCUCCUUCUCGAGAUCCCUCUCGGAUGUCUCCUUCAUCCCCUCGACGCGCCGAAAGGCCUCUCACUCCCGUGCCACCAGCGGUCCACCAUCUCUGGCUGUCGCUGCUUCCGGUCCGCUGCGUCCUACACAGCCUUUCGCCCCACUGCGAGAGGCCCCUCGCUCCUUUACCCCGCCUGCAACCGUCUCACAGGGCGACACAUCCGACGACGAGGCAGAGGAAAGCGUUGGUGUUCUCACCAACGACAUCCGUCAACCUGACUAUGAACCCUGGAAGCCACGCAGAUCCAUCUCCAUUUCAUCAAACCCCGCAAUCACUCCCCUUUCCAUAACAUACACCGCUGGUUCUCUUACCAAGUUGACCAGUGCAUCCCAAUCGAAUCUCUCAAUUCGAUCACAACCCUCGUACGACCAGAUCAAGACUGGUCGUUCCCACAGGAACACUGGUAGAUCCACUGAUUACCCGCCAACCCCUUCUGCUCGUACUUCGAUCGACAAGGCCUUCAGCUUCAUCACACGCACUUCUGAACCAGAGGACGCUGCCUCGCGGGCUGCCGCCAUCCGUGCCGCUCGCAGGGCGUUUGAAGAAAAGGAGGCCGCAAAAGAUCGCAAGUAUGAGAAAGAAGAGGUAAAGCGCAGAGCCUCGGUCAUCAAGAAAGAAGAGCGUAAAUGGCGGAAAACGGAUCCGCGUGCAAGCAUGACCAGCAACGGCAGUAACAGUAUUGUCGUCGAUGAGAAGGCUGUUGCCGGUGCAGACUAUGCUACCCAGACGCCUGCCCACGAUCUCAGUCUUCCCAUCCAGGGAGACCACAGCGGUGCUGCACCCAUAGUACCGCUCUCGCCACCAUCUCCUAGCAAGACUAAGCAGGCCAAGGGUGGAUGGAAUCGAAUCCUUGCGUGGACUCGAACCAGACUUCUCGACUGCGGCGGCAAAGCUUGA